AUGGCUACCAAGACUGCCACUAAUUCACCCCCUUCAUAUGAUGCAAUUUCUACCGGAAACGCGCCACAGUUCUAUCUCGCAUCCGUAAAAUUGUCUCCUCCCGAUUUCCCCCCUUCAUCUGUGGCCCGAAUUAUCAUCUCCUGCGCUGAUGCUUUCUCAGCAGCAGAGUUCUCCAACCUCGUGCAAAAACCCAAUAUUGAGGGUCGCACCGCACUGUAUUGGGCAAUUAUGGAUCACCGGCGAGAAGCUCUUUCGGUGUUGACUCUAUUCAUUUCUAAAUUUUCGCGCGUCCGCUCUUUCGACUUGCGCCUCGCGUGCAUGACAGUAAACGACCGCGCAUUGUUCACGCAACUGAAUUUGGGAGGCAAAAUUAAUUCCAAGGAUGAGCCUUUGAGAUGCUGUUUGGGUUGUCGCCCAGAUGAGAUCCAAGUUCAACAAGGGGAUGGACUGGGCGAGAACCACUUCGUUGCUUCUUUCCGCUUCAGGAUAUUCCAAAAGCGCAUGCGCAUUGCACAAUAA